UACACUCCUAUUUCUACGGCCACUAUUCCCUACUUUACAGAACUACAUGUUUUUUUGCGCUGUUUGCUCGCUGGCUCUCGGAGCAAGACGGGUUUGCGAUUUCAGUGGCUUGUACUGCGAGUGUUUUAGAGAGGUGGCCAUACCAUCGUUCGUUUCUUUAUAAUUUGUUAUUGUCAAGAGUUGACAGUGGCAAGUAUGCAAGCAGAAUCCGGAAUAGUUCCUGACUUCGAGGUUGGAGAAGAGUUUCAAGAGGAACCAAAAACGUAUUACGAAUUGAAGAGUCAGCCCUUGAAAAAAAACAGUAAUCCUUCAGACCAGCCAUGCUCAUCUUCCAAGCCCCCAUUGGGCUCCUCGACCACAACAUCACGGAUCCUGCUGCGGCAGCAGUUGAUGCGAGAGCAGCUCCAGGAGCAGGAGCGGCGGGAGCAGCAGAGACGCCAGGCCUCCUCCACCUCACAGUACCCAAAGAUCACUGCCGCCCACAAUCGCACGCACGGCCAGACACCGGCCAUCAAUGUCAGCGCUCCUCCCAGCCUGCCCCCCGCAUCCCAGCUGCCCAUGGAGGUGCUGAAGGUGCAAACUCACCUGGAGAACCCCACCAAGUACCACAUCCAGCAGGCCCAGCAGCAGCAGGUAAAGCGCUACCUGGGCAAGAUUGGCUCCCUGCCCUGCCCUAACCAGCCCGCUGACCACGGGGGCAUGCCUCCGGGGCUGGGCAACAGUGCCCCCAACAGCCCCAUGGCCUUACUCACCCUCAACAUCAACUGCGAGAAAGAGAUGGAUGAUGUCAUUGAUGACAUAAUUAGUCUGGAAUCUAGUUAUAACGAUGAUAUCCUUGGAUUAAUGGACCCGCGGCUUCAGAUGGCCAAUACGAUCACUGUCAACACUAACCUCUUGGAUCUGUAUGGUAACCAGGGCAUGCCCCCUCCAGGACUGGCCAUCAACUCCUGCCCCGCCAUCUUGCCCAACAUCAAAAGGGAAUACUCAGUUUCCCAAUCUCCGGCCAUUAUGCACAUGGACAAGUCAGAAUCAUUUGGCAAGUUUGACAACUAUCAGAGGCCUGAAGGGUAUCCCGUAGCAGAGGUCAGGGCAAUGGCAAAGGAAAGACAGAAGAAGGAUAACCAUAAUUUGAUUGAGAGAAGACGGAGGUUUAACAUCAAUGACCGGAUCAAAGAAUUGGGAACCAUGAUUCCAAAAUCAAGUGAUCCGGAUAUGCGUUGGAACAAAGGCACCAUUCUCAAGGCGUCGGUGGAUUACAUCAGGAAGCUACAGCGGGAGCAACAAGGGGCCAAAGAGCUGGAGAACAGGCAGAAGAAGCUGGAGCACAUCAAUAGACACCUGAUGAUGCGGAUACAGGAGUUGGAGAUGCAGGCUCGUGCCCAUGGUCUGACCACAGACUCGUCUGCCCUCUGCUCAGCGGAGCUCUCAGCCCGAGGCAUCAAGCAGGAGCCAGCCCUGGGAGAUUUCCACCAGGAUCUGUACCCUGUCGACCCCCAGCACCAACACCACCCAGCCUGCACUCCAGACCAGGUUCAGUCCACCACCUUGGAGCUCAAUGAUGAAGCCUCUCCCUACACCGAGGGCCACGGGGGAAUCUCAGGCGAGCUCCGGAUGGAGGACACCUUGUCCCCGGUGGGAGGGGGAGACCCCCUGCUCUCCUCUGUCUCGCCCGGAGCCUCUAAGGACAGCAGCUGCUCAGGCAGCAUAAGCAUGGAAGAGAACGACCAUGGCUGUUAGCACUCACUGCUGCCCACCCACCUGCAUCUUUAUCUCCAUCCCUCCACCUUGUCCUACUUCAGCCAGCUGCUGGUUGGUUUGUUUGUUGGUUGGUUGAUGGUUUUCAGGUGUUGACACAUAUAUUUAAUUUUUCAGCCCAAUAUUUAUUUUAUUUUAUGGUAUCAUUGGGUUCUGAAAGCGUUCAAACUGAAUUUAGUUCAGCUUCUCUUAUGUAUUGAUUUUAAAUACAUUUUUUAUUGUUUAUUUUAAUCGAUCAUGGUCUGAUUUUUAUAUUACUUUGAUGACAAUGAGUCAGGGAGCAAUAUCUGACACGUACCUGUGUAUAGUUAUCAUGGUACUGUAUAUGACAGGCUUAUAAGCAGUUAUAAAACCCUGAUUGAUGAGCUUAUUGCUUUUAAAUCUUAAACAAUGUAAUUCCCUCGGAAUGAAAGCUAAAAAUUGCGGUUAAAUAUAUUUUUGGUGUGAUACACACUACUUGCUUUUUAGCAAGUCUGUUCAGAGCAAUUUGACAGAAGCGAUAAUACAUUAUUUGAAUUACUUUUGUGCUUUACCGUCAUCUUAGAUUGAACUUGAAUGUGACAAUGCCUUAGUCAGAGGAUUUGUAAACAUUUCACAUAUAGUACAGAAUGUGGUCAGUCUACCAAUGUUGUCAGAAAUGCAACAGUGAUUUCAAUACGAGCAGAUUUUGCUUUAUGAAGAUAUUUCUGAUAAUAUGAUGGAAAUGUAUUGCAAGAAAUACUCACUAAGGGCUGGAUUCAAUACGUAUCGUGGACGUAUCAGGGAUGUUAAAAUGUAAAGGUAAUUUCCAAUUGAGCAGACAUAUGCAGCGUUUAACAUGAAUAUAGUCUCUGCGAACGCGGGAACAUUGCUUUUAAAUUUCAAUCAAGCAGUAACACCACAGACCUUCCGCGAUACGGAUUGACUUGCUAUAACAAUCAAGCAGUAACACCACAGACCUUCCGCGAUACGGAUUGACUUGCUAUAACAAUCAAGCAGUAACACCACAGACCUUCCGCGAUACGGAUUGACUUGCUUUAACAAUCAAGCAGUAACACCACAGACCUUCCGCGAUACAGAUUGACUUGCUAUAACAAUCAAGCAGUAACACCACAGACCUUCCACGAUACGGAUUGACUUGCUAUAACAAUCAAGCAGUAACACCACAGACCUUCCGCGAUACGGAUUGACUUGCUAUAACAAUCAAGCAGUAACACCACAGACCUUCCGCGAUACGGAUUGACUUGCUAUAACAAUCAAGCAGUAACACCACAGACCUUCCGCGAUACGGAUUGACUUGCUAUAACAAUCAAGCAGUAACACCACAGACCUUCCGCGAUACGGAUUGACUUGCUAUAACAAUCAAGCAGUAACACCACAGACCUUCCGCGAUACGGAUUGACUUGCUAUAACAAUCAAGCAGUAACACCACAGACCUUCCGCGAUACGGAUUGACUUGCUAUAACAAUCAAGCAGUAACACCACAGACCUUCCGCGAUACGGAUUGACUUGAGCCCUAAGAAGUGUAUCUCCUAGGAAGAAAAAUACAUUUUGUUUUUAAAUGGUCCAUUUCCUAAAUCAUUUUUGUUUUGUUGUACCCUUGUUAGGAUUUGCCUGUCCAAUAUCCAUUUUGAGAUAUUCCAGAUCUUUUUUUAAGUAAUGUGAAUGUUUAUAUUGCCAAGGAAUAUAAGGACACUGCUGUGGGAUAAAAAAAAUGUAUUACACACUCAAAACACUGGAAUGACAUCCAUAAAUUGAAAAAUGGUUUGGUUGGUAACCAUUUAUUUUUAUAUGUACUAACAAUAUUAUAUUUAGGGUUUUUAAAUGCAUACAAUGUAUUGUAUGAUUGAUUGUAGUUAAAACUAUAAACUGUACUGUUAAUGUAUAUUUCUACUAUUUAACAACUUAGCAAAAUACUCAAAUAUGCCUUUGAUAAUAACUAUCUACUGUACAUUACACCGCUGUAUAGAGAGCAUGGUUACAGUGCAUCCUCAAGUCUGUGGAACUAUGCAAUGAUCACAGUUGUAGCUCAGUAUUGUGCCUGUUUUGCCCAGAAGACAUUAGACACAUUAGGCUGGUCAUCUAUUAUGUUGUAAUGAUUAAUAACAAGCGACCAGCAGAAUGAUUUACAUUGAAGUGAAGUGCCUUACAGUUGUUUUUUGAAUUUCCCACAGACCUAUGAGGACUACUAUACACUGGGAUGUUGUUGUUGUUUCUGGUGUUUGGUGCUUCAUGUAUGAAGUGUUGAACUGCAAGGUCCCUAAGGGAAGCAGUAGGAAAGGGCAUUUUGUCAGACAGUAGAAGACCAUGCUAUGGGCCCCCCGUGACCACAUGGCCUCUAACACUGGACUGUAAGAAUGUCUCUCCAGGCCAUCCGUUUUGUUUGGGAUGUUUUUGAUGCUAGAUUUAUUUAUAUUUUUUUUAUGUCAGAAUUCCACUCAGAGGGCAAUAAUCAAAAUGUAGUUUUACUGAAUUAUCAGCUUCUUUUUUACGACCUAUAAUUUUUCUGAAUGUAAUGUACCUCAGUGUUGACUGCCAAAAUGUGUUUCCAAAUUCAAAGUCUAAAAUAUGUAAAGAAAGAAUUAACAUUUGUUUUUUGACAGGUUAGCUGAUGUAGCUUUAUGUAUGGAUGUUUCUUCCUUAUUUAUAGAACGAUAACUUAAGAAGAAUGGCAAUCAGGCAGAAGGUUAAGCAAAGCACAAAGUAGCCCAUGCACUUAAAGGGGCAUUCUCUGCAGUAACAAUCCACUGCAGAAUAGCCCUCAUGGUCAAACUGACCCCAGGUCUGUCUGCUGAUAUCUAGACACAGGCCUGUCAUUCACUCACUGCCCUUUGACUGAACCCAUGUCAGCAUGUCACUGAAUGCAUAGAACUACCAUGUCCGAUUAAAAGCAAUGGUGACAGUUGAUUUGAAGCUUAUUAUUUGUAAAUACACAUUUUCAUUUUGAUCGGGCCCACUACCAUGGCAGUUUGGGUAUGCCACUAACAUUUCAAAGAGCCAUGUUUGUUCACACAUUGAGCAAACUGUCAGCUCUACUCAUUCUAUUUAUAUAGUUCAGAUAGACGCCUCUGCUGAGAUUGCCACUGUAAUCUGAUGACGGCUCUGUUGCCAGGAGAGAUGGAGGUAAUGAUGGUCAUGAACUGGUUAGGGAUGGAUCAGUGAUGUCACGAUCAAGCUCAUUCAUUGGAACUGAGUGUGAAAACUAGAGACGAAUAUGAAAGUCAAUAAAAAUAUUGUUACCGGUC